CACCAUGGCCGAACCCCCGCAAAAAGUCUGGGCCUCCCUGAUCACGAACCUAAACUACCUGCCGGGCCUCCUAACCCUCGCCCACUCCCUCCACCGCACCAACACCCCCUACCCCUUCAUCGCCCUCUACACGACCUCCUUCCCCGACGAAGGCGUCGCCGCCCUCCGCGCCCGCGGCAUCCCCUCCCGCGAGGUCCCCACCAUCACCCCGUCCGGGACUUGCACCCACGAGCACGACCCCCGCUUCGCGGAAGCGUGGAAGAAGCUCAUCGUGUUCGCGCUGGAAGACUACGCCCGCAUCGUCCUGCUGGACAGCGACAUGCUCGUGCGGCAGAACAUGGACGAGCUGAUGGAGAUUCCCCUCGAUGAGGACCGCAUCCUGGCGGCCAGCCACGCCUGCGCCUGCAACCCGCUGAAAAAGCAGCAUUAUCCGAGGGACUGGUACGCCACCCUCGCCUCCCUCCGCCCAGAACCACCCACUUCCCCCCAUCCCCGAACUACCACUAUACACUACAUCCAAGACUGACUUUGCGAACCGAAAAAAAAAAAGGACCCCCGCAAACUGCGCCUACACAACCCAACACCCCACCCCGGACACGGC